GAUUAUUUAUAAAUGAGUAACGGGGGAAGGAAUGAGGUACGGAGAAACUGUUUAGCGUUUCCUUAAUGUAUUGGAGAGUUUGUUGUUUUUAAAUAGCUCAUUUUGUUUCAGUUCUGAAUUUGAUUUUUAUUUUUCCUUCUCUAGCAUCUCUUCGUUGCUAAGACUACUUUGUUUAUAGCGAAGAAAACCUGAAUUCCUCCAACAGUCAGGAUGGGGAAAGAUUAUUAUUCCAUCUUGGGAAUUGAAAAAGGGGCUUCUGACGAGGAUAUUAAAAAGGCUUACAGAAAACAAGCACUUAAAUGGCAUCCAGAUAAGAACAAAUCUCCCCACGCAGAGGAAAAAUUCAAAGAGAUUGCAGAAGCUUACGAAGUGCUCAGUGAUCCCAAGAAGAGAGACAUUUAUGAUCAGUUUGGGGAGGAAGGUCUGAAAGGAGGAGCUGGAGGACCUGAUGGACAGGGUGGUACCUUCCGGUACUCCUUCCAUGGUGACCCACAUGCUACAUUUGCAGCUUUCUUUGGUGGCACAAAUCCUUUUGAGCUCUUCUUUGGAAGGAGGAUGCCUGGUGGGAGAGACACUGAAGACAUGGAGGUGGAUGGUGAUCCAUUUGGAUCAUUCACUAGUUUUAGUAUGAAUGGUUUUCCAAGGGAAAGGAAUACAGUUGGUAGCCAGUUGCGUCGUAAACAAGAUCCUCCUGUAAUCCAUGAACUUAAAGUGUCAUUGGAAGAGAUCUAUCAUGGCUGCACAAAAAGGAUGAGGAUUUCGCGUAAAAGGCUUAACCCAGAUGGUAGAAGUGUCCGAACAGAGGACAAAAUUCUUACUAUUGAGAUAAAAAGAGGAUGGAAAGAAGGCACCAAAAUCACUUUUCCAAAAGAAGGCGACGAAACACCCAACACAAUUCCAGCUGAUAUUGUUUUCAUCAUUAAAGAUAAACCUCACUCUCACUUCAAGAGAGAUGGAUCAAAUAUUAUCUAUCCUGUUAAAAUCAGCCUAAGAGAGGCUUUAUGUGGCAGCUCUGUCAAUGUGCCAACGAUAGAAGGAAGAACCAUACCCAUGACAGUAAAUGAAGUUGUAAAGCCUGGGAUGAGAAGAAGAAUUAUAGGAUAUGGUUUGCCAUUUCCCAAAAAUCCUGACCAACGUGGAGACUUAAUUAUAGAAUUUGAAGUAAUUUUCCCAGAUAACAUUUCUCCAGCUUCAAAAGAAGUACUGAGGCGAAAUCUUCCAGUUUCAUAAAAUAAAGACUCUAUAUGUCAACAUUUUAAAUAGGACACUGGAAAUGCAGAAGACUGGCAAGUCUGUGCUUUAAAAGUGCAAUCUGUAACAACUAGUGGAAUAUUUGUGAUUGUUUUUUGUUUGUUUGUUUUGUGGGAUGGGGGAGGGGAAACACUAUAAUGCUGCAUGAGAAGGGUUAAAUACAAAUCAUACAGGUGACUUCUGCAGUAAAAUUUACAGGGAAAACCACUUGUUUUAUUUUACAUCUUUCCAAUCAGAAAAGCUUAUUCAUUAUUUUGCCUAUUGUAAAAUGUAGUCAGUUUUUAUGAAGUCAACACAUUUCAUGUUGGAUGAGGCCUUCAUUAGCUAAGUCUAGUUGAGAGGCAUCCCUGCCCAUGGUGAGGAGGUUGGAGUAGAUACCUUUAAGGUCCCUUCCAACCUAAGCCAUUCUGAUACAGUACUUAAGCUCCCAAGUACUUUAUUUCCUGUAUCCCUACCCUAUCUGUAACAUUACUGUUUAUAUAGAAAUUGGAGAUAAUAGUAGAAACACAUGUGUAUAAAUAUUUUAAAAAGCAAAACAUGAAAGAUACCAUUUUGAUACAUUGCUUUUCACUGCACAAAGCAUAGGCUGGGAAAAUCUGGGCUCCUUAACCAGCCCAUAGUGGAAUUAAAGCAUUUUCUCUAUUGCCCCAGAACGUGUGAGGACUGUGAGUCUAGCGAAAGGGCAUGUGGCUUGAGGAGUGAGAGUGGACAUUUGCUAUGGGAUAGUUCCUCAGCCUUCAGGCAGAACAGCAAAAAAAGAUUCUACAAGUACAUAAACAGCAAAUGGUAGUUUUGCUGUCAAAUAGGGCAGGGAAACUUGGGACAAACAGCAUGGAGAAGGCUGAGGUAUUCAGUGCCUUCUUUUAAUCAAUCUCUACUGGUAAAACAAGACUUCAAGGAAUUCCAGAGCCCUGAAACCAUAGGGAAAGCCUCCAGACUUUCAGACACCUCAGAUUAGGGUGCACUUAAAGUCCGUGAGCCUGACACGUUCUACUCGUAAGUGUUUAGAGAGCUGGCUAAUGCCGUUGGACAUCCAUUCUUAAUUAUCUCUGAACAGUCAUAGAGACUGGGACAUGUUCUGGUAGAUUGCAAAAAAGCAAAUAUCACCUCUGUCUUCAAGAAGAACAAGAAGGAAGAUUUUGGGAGCCGCAGGCCCGUCAGCUUCACCUCAGUCCUUGGGAAAGCAAUGGAGAAAAUCCUCCUGGAAAGCAUUUCCGAAAACACAAAAUAGAGGAAGGUGAUCAGGAGUACUCAACAUAGGUUUAUAAAGGAGAAAGUGGGCUUGGGAACUCAUUGCCUUCAACAGUCAG